AUGACGGCGGUGGAAGUGAUAUCCGGCUACAAAUACUACGGCAAGGCGAACGAUCCCAACAAGAAGAUCGUGCUGAAUCACCUGAACAUGAGCGUCACCCGUGGAUCGAUCUAUGGCCUCCUGGGAGCAUCCGGUUGCGGCAAAACGACACUACUCUCCUGUAUAGUGGGCAGGAAGUUCCUGAACGAUGGUGAAAUCAAUGUGCUCGGCGGAACACCCGGCACGGCAGGCUCGGGAGUGCCGGGGCCCCGCAUUGGCUACAUGCCCCAGGACAUUGCCCUCGUGGAGGAGUUCACCAUCAAGGAAACGAUCUACUACUUCGGCCGGAUAUACGGCAUGUCGAAGGAGAAAAUCCGCGAACGGUACAAACUACUGAAGCACCUCCUAGAGCUGCCAGGAGACGAUCGAUAUGUUGGCAACUGCAGUGGUGGCCAGCAGCGGAGGGUGUCCUUCGCGGCCGCCAUGGUCCACGAACCGGAGCUACUGAUCCUGGACGAACCGACCGUUGGGCUGGACCCGCUGCUGCGGGAGAAGAUCUGGCAGUAUCUAGUGGAAGCGACGAGUACAAACAAAAUGGCUGUGAUUAUUACGACCCACUACAUCGAAGAGGCUAAGCAAGCCGGUUGCAUUGGACUGAUGCGAAACGGCAUUCUACUGGCCGAAGACAAGCCGCUCAACAUUCUGGAACGGUUCUCCUGCAGCACGCUCGAGGAGGCUUUUCUGAACCUCUGCCAAAAGCACGGCCCCUCGGAGGAGGCCGACCGGACGGCACACCAGACGCAGACGCUGCGGGCCGUCGGUGACGCUCGGGACAUCAAGAACACGAUACCAGCGCUGACGACGGCCAACGAGAAGAAGCCAGCGGAGCGAGGCAUGUUCGACGAGAAGCGGCAACCGCUGACCACGAGGCUCAAGGAGCUGGUCAGCUUCACGACCAAGCGGCGCAUGAAUGCGCUGCUGUCGAAGAACUUCCUCCAGAUGAUCCGACAACCGGCUGGGAUGGUUUUCCUGUUUCUGUACCCGAUAUUUCAACUGGUAAGUUUCUACGUGGCGGUCGGUGGCAACCCGAAGGACCUGCGGCUCGGCAUCGUGAACGACGAGCUGGCCAACAUCCGGCAGUGCUUUAACGAAUCGCUCAUCAACACCUACUACCACGACGACUACGACUGUGAUCUGUACAAAGUGUCGUGUAGGUUUCUGGAGAAGCUCAACCGAAGCGUGGCGAUACAGGAGUACUACGAAACGUACGACGACGCGUAUCGGGAUGCCCGGAAGGGGAAGAUCCUAGGUUUCAUCCACUUUUCGGAGAACUUCACCGAAUCGCUGCAGGACGUACGGGACAAUGUGCGGGACGCGGACGGUGGGUCGUUCCACACGUCCGAGAUCAAGGUGUACCUGGACAAAUCGGACCAGCAGAUCACGUUCUUCAUCGAGAAGAAGCUGCUGCAGACGUACCGCGAGUUUGCCGAGAGCCUUAUGGACGAUUGCCGGCUGCCCCGGCAGCUCGCGAGCAUUCCCAUCUCCUUCGAGACACCCGUCUACGGCACGUUCGACGAAGAGUUCACCGCCUUCAUGGCGCCCGGUGUGGUGAUGACAAUGAUCUUUUUCCUGGCCACGCUAAUUACGGCCACCAUUUUCAUUACCGAUCGGUUGGAGGGGGUGUGGGAUCGUACGAUCGUGGCAGGUAUCACUGCGCUCGAACUGCUACUGGCGCACAUCAUUACACAAACGUCCAUUAUGUUGCUGCAGUGUCUGGAAAUUAUCCUGCUCGCCACCUUUCUGUUUGAUGCGCAAAAUCAGGGCAACAAUAUCACCGUCGUCGGAUUGCUGAUGCUGCUCGGCUUUGCGGGCAUGCUAUACGGUCUUCUGAUAUCAAUAUUCUGUGACGCCCAUUCGACGGCCAACUUUAUGGCGACCGGUAGCUUCUAUCCGAUGAUCAUCUUGUGCGGAAUUCUGUGGCCGCUAGAGGGUAUGCCACAGUAUCUGCAGUACGUAGCGUACUGCUUUCCCUUCACCAUACCCUCGAUCGCGGUGCGUAACGUCCUUUCCAAGGGCUGGAGCAUAACCAAUUCCCAAGUGUACAUGGGCUACGGGGCCGUCGGCGUGUGGAUCGUCAGCUUACUGCUGCUGUGCUUAGUCGGGCUAAAGAUUAAGAAGUAACACCGUCCCGAAAGGAUGCGCCCUUUCACCCAACAGAAUGUUUGAGUAACGAUCAGGCGCUCACGUACGUUUGGAGGACCGGAACGCAUACCUUUUUGGGCACCCCUUACGCUUGUCCCCAGUGGUCCCGCUCGAUUCGAUUUCCUAAACCAACAAUAACGGUAGUGGUUAAGGUUCCAAACACGGGUUUUUGGUAUAUUUGUGCCCCCAUUCCCUCUCCGCUGCAUUCCACACGCUCCUUGGCUCCCGGAACUCGCGGGCUACGGAGAGAAGAUCAGCGGAUAAAAGCUAGCUCACUAUGAAAUCUGUUGUAAAUAAAAAAUAAUCAUCAGCGCUAUAUAUUAUAUUGCCCACACCGAGCGGUUUAACAGUAUUUGAUCGGUUCACAAACAGCGGUUAGAGAAUAUGUGCGUAAAGUUGCUACAUCAGUGGGCCACCCUCUUUGAGGCGCCGUUUAUGGUUCGCCCAAAAAAAAUAUAGAACAAGCACUGGAUGGAAAGACCGCCACCGGCCAAGUACAUGAAUAGCAAGCCUAGUGAAGUAAGUACCCGUG